GCAUACCAUAUCAUGGUACAUGCAGAUUGUUCACUUCAUUGCUGUCUUCUCAAACUAUCCCUUUCAGCAUGAACUUCCUCCGUUGGGAAGCCCGGAGAGCCUGGAAUUUGAGGAGUUUGAGAACAAAAAGCACACUACAGUGUCCACUACUGUCAAAGAAGUUGAAAGCAACAAAGCUGUUGAAGUUGUUGACGACAGUAAGGAUGAUGAAGAUGAUGACAACGAUGAACACGAUAAAGACGAUGAAAAAGAUAAUAAGGAUGAUGAAAAUGAUAACGACAAUAAGGAUGAUGAAUAUGAUGACAACGAUGAAUAUUAUGAAGACCAUGAAAAAGAUAAUAAGGAUGUUGAAUAUGAUGACGACAAUAAGGAUGAUGAAGAUGAUGACAAGGAUAAACAUGAUGAAGACGAUGGAAACGAUCAGGACCAUGAGGAUGACGAUGACGAAAACGCUGAAAAUAAAGAUGACCAAGCCGAAGAAAACGAAAGU